CAUCAUUGUACGUUUGGUCCCAUGGACCCCCUGAGGCAAUCCCCCUCCCCCUGCUCCUCACGGGCCUCCAGCCCCAGGACCCCACCCUUCGAGACACUUGGCUGCAGUACCCCUCCCUUAGAGAUGCUCCGUCCUGUGGGCAUCGAGGCCGUGCUGGACCAGCUGAAGAUCAAAGCCAUGAAGACAGGAUUCGAGUUCAACAUCAUGGUGGUGGGGCAGAGCGGGCUGGGCAAGUCCACCAUGGUGAACACGCUGUUCAAGUCUAAAGUGUGGAAAUCCACCAUCCCGAACCUGGAGGUGCCCACGCCGCAGACGCUGGAGCUGCACUCGGUGAGCCACGUCAUCGAAGAGAAAGGCUUGAGAAUGAAGCUGACGGUGACCGACACGCCUGGCUUUGGGGACCAGAUCAACAAUGACAAAUGCUGGGACCCCGUCCUGGGCUACAUCAACCGACAGUACGAGCAGUACCUACAAGAGGAGCUCCUCAUCACCCGCCAGCGUCACAUCCCCGACACCCGUGUGCACUGCUGCGUCUACUUCGUGCCGCCCACUGGGCACUGCCUGCGACCCCUGGACAUCGAGUUCCUGCAGCGGCUGUGCCGGACUGUGAACGUGGUGCCAGUGAUCGCCAGGGCUGACAGCCUGACCAUCGAGGAACGAGAGGCCUUCAAGAGCAGGAUCCAGCAAAACCUGAAAACUCACUGCAUUGAUGUGUAUCCACAGAAGUGCUUUGACGAGGACAUCAAUGACAGAAUCCUCAACAGCAAGAUCCGGGAGCAGAUCCCUUUUGCGGUGGUCGGGGCAGACCAAGAGCACCUGGUGAACGGGAGGUGUGUCCUGGGCCGGAAGACCAAGUGGGGCAUCAUCGAAGUGGAGAACAUAGCGCACUGUGAGUUUCUUCUCCUGAGAGACCUGCUCAUCCGCUCCCACCUCCAGGACCUAAAGGACAUCACCCAUAACGUCCACUAUGAGAACUACCGGGUCAUCAGACUCAACGAGAGUCACCUGCUGCCCCGUGGGCCGGGCUGGGUGAACUUGGCUCCGGCCUCCCCCGGACAGCUGACCAGCUCUGGGUACUUGAAGGCUCGCAGGCGGGCCCAGAAGGAUACCAAAGAUGAUGAGUGCUGA